AUGAGUCCACACGCUCAGGGAUCCAAGCGAGUAAUUGCGCCCGACCAUAACCAUGAGCGGGCCAAACGCGGCAAGUAUGCGCUGGUAGCAUGCGACCGGUGCAGGGAUCGAAAGACCAAAUGCUAUCGGAGUCCAUCAUCAAACGACUGCCAAAGCUGCCUUGGCGCAGAGACCGACUGCACAUACUCUCAAGCUGGCGGGGGCGGAGACCGUCAGAGCAGUACAACACGCACAAGUGCGAGCCGUGCACAGCAGCAAUCCAGAGCGGAAAAGAGGCACGGGAAUACCAAUGCGGAUGAUGAACUUAUUAGGCUGAAAGAACAAGUCAAACGUCUUACAGACUGCGUUAAGGACCUUCAGAAUAAGAUGCAGACUGUCGCUACCGCCGACACUAGCAGCCCUAGAAAUGACCGAACAUACACAUCAAAGAAACAGGACAGCAGUGAACCGCACCAGCCACUCUUCGUUGGCCAUACGCGGUCUCAGUACAGCCUUGAUGUCGCCAAGACGUCUUUGGUCGAAAAGGGUCUAUCGAGCAAUGAUGCGCUGCAAUCGAGUGUUAUCCCGUCAGCCAUGCCAUCGCCUCGUGCUCAAUCGGCGGAGCCAAGCAACGACGGCGCCAGUGCGGGCGACCGUGGGUCAACCGAUGACCCUCUAUUAGAUUUUUCCAGGGCUGAAAUUGCUCGUCUGAUAGGCGUUUUCCAAGAAGAAGUCGAAACCAUCUAUCCCUUCGUUGAGAGUGGAAAACUCGCAGACAGUCUUGGAGAGACUCUUUCGGGACUGCAGAGCGGCAACCAUGAUAGUAGAGAUGGCAUAGGAGACGGAACCAAUCAUGGCACAUUCGGUGACAUCAGGGUACUCAAGACAAUCCUUGCCGUGGCCAUCGUGAUAGAGGCGCAUGGACGAAACGAUGUGAGCCGACGGCUUAUUGAGUCAAGCGGACAGACUGUCGCCCGCAUCACUGAGUCACCAAGCGUGGACAUGCGAGACCUUCAGUCACUGGCUAUUCUGAGUAUAUACUACUUUCACAGCGACGAGGAGCUCCUAGCCUGGCGAACAAUUGGCAUCGCAGCCCGCAUGGCCCUUGAAAUGGGACUUCACCUCAAACGAAGCAUCAACGAAAACUACAAAGACCCAAAUCAAAGGGAGAUGGCACUAAAGGCAUUUUGGUGCGUCUAUGCACUGGACCGGCGAUGGAGUUUUGGUACAGGUCUUCCCUUCUCACUCAAUGAAAAGGACAUCGAUCCUGAAUUACCCGAACCAAGUGAAUCUUUCCAAUAUUUACGUUGCUUGAUUGGUUAUAGCCGACUUGCUUCCAAGGUAUGGGAAUCGCUGCCAACAUUCGGACCUUCUGCCACGGCUGUCUCGUCAGAAAAGGUCGAGUACCUCGACUUCCUGGCACACAAAUGGUCGAGCAGUAUCCCACCAGAUCUCCAAUUGUUGCACCCUCGAUUGAGUUUACCGCAAAGAUCAUUGCCGCGCACGAUUCGUCGACUCCAGACGCUCUUGUACCUGCGAGGCAACCACAUGCGGACACUCAUCCAUCGUCAUCAUGUCCUCUCAUCCAGUCUUAUUCACGCUGAUAUCACAAAUGCUAGGCUAGUGGUGGAUAUUGCCAAAGACUCGAUACAGAUUCUAGUUGAUCUUGCCAACACUAGCGACAUCUAUAUCAGACAACAGUCGGCUUUCAACUAUUUCCUAUUGAGCGCUCUAGCCAUCAUAUUCCUGGCCGUUUGCAACGCCCCGGAGAUAUUCUCCGCACCUUGUCGCGAGAGCUUUUCAGCAUCCAUCUCCCUGAUCAGAGGUUUUUCGCGAUCAAGUCUCGCGAGUAAGCGGCUGUGGAGGAGCAUUCGAGGCCUAGUUCCGGCAGUCAAGGCUCUGGGACUAGAGCUUCAAAACACACACAGCACCGAUCCAUUGAGCAAAGACGCGACCCGCGAAACAGACAGAUCUGGAGAUGAUUGUAACAUGGCUCAAGAUCUGGGCUGGAAUGUUGAUCCUACCGCUGUCGACUUUAUGCUUAGUGAUAUGUUGCCUGGCAAUGCGGCCUCAUCACGAGGGUCAAUCCCAGAUGUGUAUCAAAUGAGCGACGAUUUGAUGGGCCUUUUUGAUGCUUUUGGGCAAAACAAACUCGGCCCGAUCGGGGAGGUUCUUGAUUCGAAUGAUGCAUCACAAUUGGGAAUGACUCCCGGGUUCCCGGCCGAGGUUUCUCGAAGAUUUCAGGAUUUGAUAUAG